CAUUCAUGCAUCAUCCUUUUCAAUUUGUUAGGACCUUUGUGCUUAAUUAAGUUGAACACUCGGCUGCCUUAAGGCUCUCUCCACCCAACCCAUUUUGGAGACUUUCCGCCUCCGCCGUCUCUCAUCCUCCCACUUUCCGUCCACGGGUGAUCAAAUUCAUUGGGACUGGUCAUUACCGGAGGCCGACGAACGAACGGAGUUGGAUUUAUAUCGGAAAAAAGAUGUGGCGGUGUGUCGCUCGCGGCCUUCGCGUUCCUUCUUCUUCUUCUGGCAAGCGAUCGAUCUCUAAGGACUCGCUUAGAUCUCACAUUACCAGAUUCUUCUCAACCAGCCCGACUUCUUCAUAUACAAUUGUUGAUCACACCUAUGACGCGGUUGUGGUCGGAGCUGGUGGCGCAGGGUUGAGAGCAGCCAUCGGUCUGUCAGAGCAUGGUUUUAACACAGCUUGCAUUACAAAGCUUUUUCCUACCCGGUCGCACACAGUUGCAGCUCAGGGUGGUAUCAAUGCCGCUCUUGGGAAUAUGAGCGAGGAUGAUUGGAGAUGGCACAUGUAUGACACUGUCAAGGGCAGUGACUGGUUAGGUGAUCAAGAUGCCAUUCAGUACAUGUGUCGUGAAGCACCAAAAGCUGUCAUUGAACUUGAGAACUAUGGGCUACCUUUCUCUCGUACAGAGGAUGGGAAAAUCUAUCAGCGAGCGUUUGGUGGUCAAAGUUUAGAUUUUGGAAAAGGCGGACAAGCCUACCGUUGUGCUUGUGCUGCUGACCGAACUGGGCAUGCUCUUCUGCAUACUCUCUAUGGCCAAGCAAUGAAACACAAUACUCAGUUCUUUGUGGAAUAUUUUGCUUUGGACUUGUUGAUGAGUAGUGAUGGAACCUGUCAAGGGGUAAUUGCCCUUAAUAUGGAGGAUGGGACAUUACAUCGUUUCCGUUCCUCUUCAACUAUUCUUGCCACUGGGGGCUAUGGUAGAGCAUACUUCUCUGCGACCUCAGCUCAUACAUGCACCGGAGAUGGCAAUGCCAUGGUUGCAAGAGCUGGACUUCCUCUUCAGGAUCUGGAGUUUGUGCAGUUCCACCCUACUGGCAUAUAUGGAGCUGGAUGCCUUAUUACCGAAGGAUCUCGUGGUGAGGGUGGUAUCCUUAGGAACAGUGAAGGGGAAAGAUUCAUGGAAAGGUAUGCCCCUACUGCUAAGGAUCUUGCUUCAAGAGAUGUUGUUUCAAGAUCCAUGACCAUGGAAAUUCGGGAGGGCCGUGGCGUAGGACCAUUGAAGGACCAUAUCUAUCUGCAUUUAAAUCAUUUGCCACCAGAAGUACUCAAGGAAAGGCUUCCUGGUAUCUCUGAAACUGCUGCAAUCUUUGCUGGAGUAGAUGUUACAAAGGAACCAAUCCCUGUGCUUCCUACUGUUCAUUAUAACAUGGGCGGAAUUCCCACAAAUUAUCAUGGAGAGGUGGUUACUGUGAAAGGCAACGAUGCAGAUGCUGUAAUCCCCGGUUUAAUGGCUGCUGGAGAGGCAGCAUGUGCAUCUGUUCAUGGGGCAAACCGACUUGGUGCAAAUUCUCUUCUUGAUAUUGUUGUUUUUGGUCGUGCUUGUGCCAACAGAGUGGCGGAGAUCCAUACACCAGGGGAGAAACAGAAGCCUUUGGAGGCAAAUGCUGGAGAGAAGACUGUUGCGUGGCUUGACAAGAUUAGAAAUUCAAAUGGAUCACUUCCAACUUCCAAAAUUCGGUUAAAUAUGCAGAGAGUGAUGCAAAAUAAUGCUGCAGUCUUCCGUACACAGGAAACUCUGGAAGAAGGUUGCCAGCUGAUUGACAAAGCCUGGGAUAGUUUCCAUGAUGUUCAGCUGCAAGAUAGAAGUUUGAUAUGGAACUCUGACUUGAUUGAGACGAUAGAACUGGAAAACCUCCUGAUCAAUGCGUGCAUCACAAUGCAUUCUGCCGAAGCUCGGAAAGAGAGCAGAGGAGCACAUGCUCGUGAGGACUUCACUGUGAGUUCAACUCCACUUUUCUGGCUUCAAAUUUUCAUCCUAUACUGGGAAAACGAGAAAGUGCGGCUCGAAUACAGGCCAGUACACAUGAACACAUUAGACGACGAGGUGGAAACGUUCCCACCUAAAGCUCGUGUGUAUUGAUCAUAUAGAUAGUUUCUUUCGCCCGAGUGAGAAUUGGGAAUGAAUGGCCGUUUUACUGGAGUGGCCAACAAAGCAUUGCAAUAAACCCCCCCCCAGGACGCCAAUAAAUGAUAGGACAUGCUGCAAUAAUUUGUUUGUUUGUACUAGGAAGAGCUUCUUUGGCAAGAAAAAAGAUUGGUUGGGUUCAUUCGUCUGGAGAUUACAGCAACGUCUAGGAUCAGAUUUGGUAAAAAGGAUUCGACAAUGUAAGUUUAUAAAAGUUCGUUGUUAGCUUGGUCCCCGAAACGCGGGGUGAUUGUUGUUUACAGUUCUUUCCUUUGUGUCCCAGUCUCUAGCUGAGCAUAAGCUGCAAAAUUUGUGUCGAGCAUGAAUCCAUCGCUUCAUUAUACGUUUAGAUCAGUAUUUGUAUCAGUUUUCAUUCUUAAUGCACUCUUAGCUUUGGACUGUACUCGGCCAAGUUCCACAAAUUUUCAUGGAUGUUUCUCCAAAGGGUAAAUCUCAAAUAUCAACUAAUGCUCAAAAUCGAUCACAAUUCUGA